UUCUUAAAAAAAAUCUUAAGUACUGAAACCGUUUUGGUAUUUAGUUUUACGAUGUAACUAUUCUAACUCAACAAGAAUUAUUUGCUCUAAAUUUUUAUCAUGGCCAUUUCAGAAAAUUUUUGAGAUAAGGGAUUCCAUGUUAAUGCAUAUGCAGAGCAUCUCACACCAACCAUGUUUGGGUUUAGAUUAUAUUUCAGCUUUUAUAAAAUAUUUUUGGUUUCACAUUUUGGAAACAUCAAAAAUUAUUAUUAUUAGUAUUAUUAGCUUCUUUUCCGAAAGUAAAUCACCAACAAUAUUCUUUUUAUACGUUUCUGGUUAUAUGGACCUGUUUUUUUAUCAUAAUUUUGAAAUGAUGCGUUAGUUUUUGAACACAUUGUAUAUAAUCAAGCAUAGCUUUUUAUUCAUAGAGAAUCAAAUUGUUUCAAAAUAUUUACAAACGCUAGAAAUAAUUAAUACCAGCGCAUAACUUUUCUUCGAUUAUUGGGUAGCCCACACUGUAUGUAGUGUUUUGAUUAGUCUUAUCGCUUGAACCGAUGAAAGAGAAACAGAGUUUAUAUAAAUAUUGGCUGCAUUUAAAAUGAUUCAAUUAGUAAGUUCCUAGUAUUCACACAAGACAGCACACAUAUUCCCACCAACGAACGCAAUGAAUAAAUUGUUAAAAAGAUGAGCUUUUAUAAGCUUGGAAUUAGUCGACAACUUCUUCCACGUUGAUAAUAUAUUAAGUUUAUUCUUACAUUCGAACCCGCAGAAACAACUUGAUUAAGAAGUCAGCGACAUCAGACCUGUAAAUAAAUCGUGGAUGUUUAAAAAUGACAAUAGUUGUGAUAACUACCUUUUCAAUCGUUACGUACAAACAGACUGUUCAGUUUUAAAUUCUUCUGUGUAUUUUCUCGGUUUAUUGUCAUGGAACCAGAUGUGAAUAAAAAUAUACCCAGUGUGUCCGAAGUGGUUGAUAAUAAUGAAAGAACUAGUUAUCCGGCAACUACAGUUAAAGCUGAAGAAGGAAACACUGUAAUAACUAAAAGUUUAACUAAGAAAUUCACAUGGAAACAAAAAUGUACACUGGUGAUGUUACUGGCGGCGGAUUUCAUGUGUUAUUGUUCAAUGUCGAUCAUGGCACCGUUUUAUCCACAAGAAGCUGCAAAUCGAGGAAUGACACAGUCAAUGGCAGGCUUUGUUUUUGGAUAUUUCGCUUUAGUUGUUUUUCUAUCAUCCCCGGUGUUCGGUAAAAUUUGUCCAAGAGUGGGUGUUAAAUUUUUAUUUAUUGUUGGACUAUUUACGUCAGGGAUAUGUACUGUGAUAUUUGGAACGUUACAUCACAUAGAAGAUUACAGUGGUUUCACAACAUUGUCGUUUGUUAUAAGAGGCAUUGCUGCCUUAGGGUCUAGUGCCUACUCAACUGCCGCUUAUGUGAUAGUAAUGAAUACUUUUCCCGAUAAUGCCGGUGCUAUCAGAGGAAUUUUAGAAACUUUUGUAGGAUUGGGAUUGUGUGCAGGUCCAGGAAUUGGCGGCGUACUUUUUGAUAUCGGAGGCUUUGGCCUACCAUUUUACGUAGUAGGAAUAGUUUCGGUUUUAAUAGCUCCAAUAAACUUGUGCAUACUGGAAAAACCGCAAAAAUUAAAGAUAGACGCCAAUUCUGGUUCUCUAACUAGUCUGUUGAAAUUAACACCAAUAAUGAUGACAUGUUUCAUCAUGAUUGUGGUAUCAAUGACCUGGGGAUUUUUAGAUCCAACUUUGGAACCUCAUUUGAGUAAGAAAUUUUCUCUGUCCAAUACAAUGAUAGGAUUGUUAUUCCUAAUGAUGUCUGGAACAUAUGCGAUCUCCUGUCCGUUUUGGGGAUGGUUGACAGACAAACUAGAUGUUUAUUGGUGGUUGAUGACCGUAGGGUUGUUUGGAAACUCUGUGAUAUUAUUAUUUUUAGGACCAUGUUUAGGUUUUCUGCCAGAACCUUUAUGGCUGAACAUGGUGAGUCUCUCACUCUUAGGAAUAACUGUAGGCAUGUCGUUAAUGCCUACGUAUCAGUUCAUUUUGGACAGUGCUUUGGAAAAUGGAUACACUGAUGAUAUAGCUACACAUUCAGUGAUAGCUGGUUUGUGGUCAUCUGUCUAUUCGCUAGGUGAAGUCCUUGGUCCAGUUCUCGGAGGAUCUCUUAUGCAACAUUACGAUUUUUCCAAUACCUGUGCUACAUUUGCAGCACUGAAUUUGAUCGUAGGAGCAUUAACAACACUAUUUCUUAUGAACAGAAAACAGCUAUCAUUUAAAGGAAAUAUUUUAAGUGUUUUUACAAAACCUGAGAUUUAUCAAAACGGUACUGCGGAUAUUAUUAUUGAAAAAGAGCAGAAGAGGACAGAGAAUAUUAAAACAAAAUAAUGAAAAAAUUAUUAAAUGAUACCCUAGUGCGAGUUUGUUUUAGUAUUUAUUUGUAAAUUGGUAUUUAUUAAAUGGCAGGAGAAAAUAUAAAAAAAUUCUAAUAUUAGGAUUUUUUGACGUUUGUUUUCAAACCAAAGUGAAAUUUUCCUGAUUUUUAAAAAUGUAUUACGAUCAUUUUGUUUGUCCUUAGAUUUAUCUAAACAAUGAAUUGUUAAUACUGUCCUUUAUUGCUUUACAUUUUAUUCCCGGAAUAAACCAUGUUAAGUAUAUAAGUACAAUAUUUUUUCAACAUCACAUGAAAAUAAAAAAAAAUAUCGAGAGAGCCAGUCUAUGAAAAUAUAUAUUUCUAAUUACUGUGAAUACAUUAUGAUACUACUACCUGAUUAAUAAUAAGAUAAAAAACUAUUUUGUUUUCUUUACAAAUUGAAAUUUCUACUUGCACGUCUAUCAGUCGAAAUAAUAGUUUCUGGUUUUAAAGUCAGUUAUUUGGCUGAGAUAAAAGUGAAAACUUAGAUUCAAAUCUUUGCUGGGAUCUCACUAAUUAAUAUACGUAUCUUGUGGAUUUAGCUUUUAGUUAUACUAAAUUGCUAUACUCAUCAGAUCAUGCUAGAGAUAAAGUAAACAUUCAAAGGUCCCGUUGAAAGUCACUGUAGUGGCUAAAAUAACUCCAUCAGUGUAUAACGCUGUAUAGAUAGUGAAAUAUUGAACUUUUCAUACUCGAUACGAGGCUCUCCACAAUUUAUAACAAUUUUUUCAGUUGCUACUGUUCAAUAAAAAAUGUAAAAUCUCCUUUAUCAAACGUGUGAUAUACAAUUGAAAGAUAAUUAACAAGUAAUCAAUUUUAUUGACAAUCUGUCAAAACUAUUUUAUUCUAAAACCAGCACAUUGAAGAAUUUGCCAUUUGUAUAACUAUAAAUAUUCACUGGUUUUUCUUAUUUGAAGCCGCGUUUUAUUCUUCAUCUAAAAAUAUUUAACGCUGACACUAAACCUACCAAGAAUCCAUACCAAGGUACGUAAUAUAUAAGUUUCAUUUUAGUUAUCUUCUUUCAUUACCCCGAAGAUAGAUCCAAUAUUCAUUAUUUGUCAUUGAAAUCAUUAGAAUACAAACCCUCUCCUCUAACGCUCAUUAUCAAUAAAUAUCUCACACAUUAUUUGUGAAUUUUUUUUCUUAAUGAUUUCUGAAAAUAUUUUAAAAAAUAUAUUCUCAGUUGUACUAACUUUCAAAAAUAAGUCAUCAAACUCAUAGAUCCUAAAAAUGGAUUUUCAUGUAUUAUAUGGAUAUUAAAAAAAAUUUAUUCAUAUAGUAAAUUAUCAUUUACAACAUUUUCGAAUAUUAAAAGAGCACCUUCAAUGUUUUGUAUAUAUAGGUUAAUGCUGAAUAGUUUCUUUUCUAUCCACAGGGAAAAAUAUACUUAUCAGUGAAUUAAGAAGCAAUACGAGUAAUAUUAAUAAACCAUGUUUUGAUAUUUCUCAGUUAACGUGUAAAUAUUAGUUGUAAUAUAUACCACAGCAUAAAAAUUUGCAAUUGUUUUAUUUGCUAAAAUCACUUUAAUCUCAACGUUCUACAAAUAAAUGAAGAUACUUACUGUCGAUAGAAGAUGGAAUAGUACACUGGAAUAUAGAAUUAAUUUUU